AUGACACUGACGACUAUUUUGGAAGUGUUUAAGUUCCAGCUCUUCUCCCUCACUUCAAUUCCUCCGGAUGAGCAAAAGAUCAUCAGGGAAGAUAAUGACUGUAUCGUAUCGGACAACUCCGAUCUGGCCGUCGUUUCGGAGAAGCUGUCAUUGCUGUCGAUCUCUGCUGAGGAACAAGAAAGCACUGCCGAGGAAACUAAGAAGAGUAAGCAUGUGAUGAGGAAGCUUGAGAAGCGCGAAGAGGAUCGCAAACUUGAACCUCACGUUGAAGAUAAAUAUGGUGGUUAUGGUUACGACUAUGGUAUGUCGUUAAAUCAGAAUCCAAGCACGUAUAAUGUUGCUGCAGAUAUCAUUCCUGAUCUUUGUAAGAAUCUGGUUGAUGGGUUCUCGGCCGGAUUGGUUGAUGAGAACAAUAUCUUUGAAUGGAGUGUUACGAUUAUUGGACCUCCUGAUACUCUUUAUGAAGGGGAAUUUUUCAAUGCCAUCAUGAGUUUUUUGCCUAAUUACCCAAAUAGCCCUCCAACAGUGAAAUUUACAACAUAG